AUGCUGGGUUGGCCUCCCUCGCUCUACCUGUCUGCAGCCAGCUCCCUACUGGGCUCGGUGCUCUUUGGCUACCACCUGGGAGUGCUCAACACCUGCCAGUCGCAUGUGGAGGCCGAUCUGAACACCUCCCACGAGGGAGGGGGCGCCGCCAUGGUGGCCGGCCUGCUGGUGGGCGCCACCCUGGGCUCCCUCCUGUCGGGCCGCCUGGCCGACCGCUUCGGGCCGCGGACCGCCAGCGCGAUGAACACGGCGGCCCUGCUGGCCGGCGCCGCGCUCAGCCUGGGCGCGCGCCAGCUGCCGGCCAUGCUGCUGGGCCGCGCCGUGGCGGGGUUGGGCUCCGGCGCCGCCUCGGUGCUGGUGCCGCGAUACCUGGCGGAGAUUGCGCCGGUCUUUGUCAACGUGGGCAUCCUUUCCUCCUACAUUAUCGGCCUGCCGUACGAAGGCGGCACAGACAGCGUCAGCCUGAUGGGGCACGAUGUGGCCUGGUGGCGCAUCAUGUUUGCGGCGGCGCUGGGCCCGGCCCUGCUGCAGGGCGUGGCGCUGCUGGCCUGCCCCGAGUCGCCCGUCUGGCUGCUGCGCGUGGGCCAGCCGGCUCGCGCGGCCAAGGCGCUGCGCCGCCUGCACGGCCGCCGCUUCAGGCCCCAGGACUACCCCAAGCUGCAGCAGGCGGCAGAGGCGGCGGCCGGCUCGCCGCUGGCCGCGGCGGGGGAGGCGCCGCUGCUGGCGGCAGAGCAGGGGGGCGGCGAGGAGGGGCGGGCCCACGAGCACCCGCUCCCGGGCUGGUCGGCGCUGUGGCACCCGCGCUACCGCCGCGUCAUGACCCUGGCCGCCGCGCUGCCACUGCUGCAGCAGCUGUCUGGCAUCAACAGCAUCGUCUUCUUUUCCACAGAGGUGUUUGAGCAGGCGGGGCUCAGCUCGCCCAUCCUGGGCAGCAUCGCAGUGGGGGCCACCAACCUGACCUUCACCAUUGUGGCUGCCUUUCUGAUGGACCGAGCAGGACGCAGGCCCCUCAUCAUCUGCUCCUUUGCCGGCAUGGGCGCCUGCCUGGCCACGCUCUCCGCCUUCAUGCUGCUGCCAACCCCCAAGGCCCUGGAGGGCGCCGCCUCUCUGGCAUGCAUCCUGGCCUACAUGGUGUUCUUUGCCAUCGGCGCGGGCCCGCUGCCCUUCCUCGUCCUCCCCGAGAUCCUGCCCCAGGAGAUCAUGGGCACGGCGCAGGCCUUCUGCACCAGCCUCAACUGGAGCUCCAACAUCCUCAUCGGCGCCACCUUCCCCCUCAUGCUGUCCACGCUGGGUAUCGCGGGCUCCUACCUCGUGUACGCCGCCCUCUGCGCCUUCUCCGCCGCCUUCAUGGCCCGCCGCAUGGUGGAGACCAACCAGCUUCCCGUGGAGCACAUCCGCGCCCUGCUCAUGGGCACAGACCACUAG